CCCAAUUGUGCAUUUUGGGCAAAAUUAUAGCGCCAAAUGAAAAAUAUCCCGCCCAGAGAAAAGCCCUAAUUACGACCCACUCCGAACACAAAACCUCACUUUCUUCGCUGGUUUCAUUGUGCUGACCGUGCAUCAGAGAAAAAACCUUACUUUUGGAACAAAGCGUUAUUUAUGUAAAUACUACGGAGUAGAUAAUUGGUCCCGUCUUGGGCAAGAUUCCAAAUUUUGAUGUCUCCCCGGAGUUCUCCCUCGGACAAAGACGUUCCAGCAGCCGCGGACGCCGGCAAGUUCGAAACAAGGCGAAAUGAAUGCGCGAAAUGCGACAGGCCGGUGAACGUUUGCUUAUGCGCGUCAAUUCCAUCCGACCCGAUUGCGACCCGGACCCGAGUUUUGGUCCUCCAGCACCCUCACGAACGCCGCCACAAGCUCGCCACCGUUCCUCUACUGUCCAAGUGCAUCGCGAAUUGCGAGGUCAUUGUUGGACGGAGAUUGCGAUAUGGGGUUUCGGAGGUCCUUGAUAAUCUCUAUGACGAUGCAAUUGCAAACCCUAAUAUGCCCCAAAGAGCUGUUUUCCUCUUUCCUGGAACAGAAGCAUCAGAGUCGUUGGAGAUCAACCAGUGGAAAUCAUCAGCUAAUUUUUUCGACAGAAUCAACUAUGUCUUAUAGCUAUUGACGGGACUUGGAAGCAUGCUAAGGAAAUGAUUCGUUCUAGCUUAGAUUUUUUUCAAAAUUUGCAAUCCAAGUUCAUUUGAGUUACAAUACUAGCAUAGAUGGUGGAUCUAUUUUCAAUUCUGAUUUAAUUCUCAGAAAGGAACCGUUUAGUGGGUGUAUGAGUACAUUGGAGGCAGUAGCUCAAUGCUUACAGGUUCUUGACCCAAAUGGAGAUGAUAUUGAAGAAAUACUGCUCGAGGCCUUAAGGACAAUGGUUACAUUUCAGACUAUGUAUUUGAGGCCUAUGAACAAACGACCUAGGUUGGCAAAAAAGAAAGGCAAAAUAUGAUGUAGAAGCAACUUCGUGAUGGUUAGCAAAUAGUUCUUCCUUAAAUGUAUAAUUUUAUUUUGUUGUCCACAGUUUUGAUCUGCUUUCUGCAUUUAUUUAAUGACUAGAACAAAAAAAUGUAAGGAUUUGGUCAACAUAGGCACCAUUUCUGGAGGAAGGUUCGCUGUGCUUUGGUGAUUGGUGCGCUGCACGCCUACACGCAGGUGACCUGGUGACACCGCACGCCUCAGCCUCACGAAGUCACGCCAGCACCCCCCCCCCCCCCCGUCUCGACGAUUUCCUCCUCAAUUCUCAGUUUCUCGAUCCCCUUCAGUGAUCCUGCCAUUAUCCUUAUCCUUCUUCACAAACUACAAACGAAUGAAGAAGAACCAUCACACAAAGAUUACUAGGAAGAACCUUUUGCAAUGGAUUCAAGACACAAAAACAUGGUUCAAGUGAGCUGCCUUGUCUCAUCAGUGAACUUGGAAAUAACAAACAAUUGAGAUGAAUUGCCAGCCAUGACUGACACUAUGAGACCUUCCCCCUGGCAAAUCCCUCUUUGAGUUGCUUGAGCAGAUUUUGAUCAGUGGGAAGCUUCAGGUUAUCUUGAGCAGAAGUUUAUUCUUCUCUAAUAUAGUUGACUUGAGAUCUGCAAAGUAUCACCUUUUUUAUUCUCUUUCUUAUUUACUAUUUGGAUUAUUAUGAACUUUAUUCUUCUAUGCUAAUGUUUGAACAUGGAUUUGUAAGCAGAGUGUUUCGAUUCAGCUCACAAACCAGCCUAAGGAUGAUAGAGAGUAGGCCUACACUCCUAAGGACUAAGGUAGCAGGCAUUUUGAUCUCAUCUCUUUGUCACUCUAGAAUUCAUGCAUAUCCUGUGGUGUAGUUUUUUCUUUUAAUUUUAUGAGGUUAUGCAUGCUUAUGGUUUUUGUUAUAUACAAAGAUAAAAUAAUGCAUAUCAGGAUACUGAACAAUAGUAAUUCCACUUUGUUUGGUUCACCAAUAUUUUUAAAGUAGCAACUAGCAAUUUGUGUUAUAUGAUUCCAGUUUUUUAGGACCUUGUAAACGGAAAAUAAAAGAUUGUAAUUUGAAUAGAUUACAAAUAUUAUGAACCUGGUUUUUAGAUUUUGACUGGAAUGGUAGCAAAAACUAAAAAUUCUUUUAGUUUUUUGUGCAGUUUAUUGGUAUAUGUUUCAUUUUUCAAAUGAUGGAUUUUAUAAACAUGUAAAUGCUAUUUGACUUGAAUAAUACAUAUUUAUAUGAGUUUCCAGAUUCAGAGCUCAUCCUUGCUGAGCCUCUCAUUUGUCGCUCCAUUUCUGUACGUUACUCCGGUAUUGACAGGAAGGACAAAGAUCUGCUAACGAUGGACUAUGUCUCGGAUCAGAAGCUAUCUGUAUCGACCUGUAGUGAAAGUGCCAUGGCCCUAACAUCAACUCCUUUAAAAAGGGAGCUAACUCAACCGGAGAUGUGGCAGCACAAUACUGAUGUAACUGUUGAUGUCAAAGUUGAUACAAAGUCAAACAUCUCAUUAACUCUGACUCUUGCCAACAUUCUCCCAUCAAUCAAGGCCAUUGCAUCUCCGAAAUUUCCUGAUUAUAAUUCUGUCAAGUUGGAUUUUGAGUAUUUCCACCACUAUGCGACCCUGGCAGCAGCUGUGUCUGCACUAAAACAGUCACCCAAAGUGGAUCUUGCUAUUACAUUUGGCACUUCAACCUUUGUUGUUGGUGCUGAAGCUGGUUAUGAAACCUCUUUUGGCAAAUUGAUUAAGACAGCGUUGGAGCAAACAUAGAGGAAUAUUGAAAGCAAACAUGGAGCAGAGCAAUAGGCGAGGAGAUAUAGAAGAUGAAUUGGUGUUAAAAUAGCUAUAGCCUCAAAUAAUUGAAACAUAUAAUCAAUGUGUAUAUAUAGUGUGAGAAAGGAACUAAUGAUAUUACAUUGUUAAUGAUGUGAAUACUUCCAUAGUUCCAUUUAUAUAUAAGUCAAAAAACUCUGUUGAAUGAAAUUUAUUGUUUUUUAUUUACACGAUACUAGAAUCCUUGUAUUAUGUGUACCAGGUGUAUGUAAUUAUAAAUACCAAAAUA